AUGGCGCCUGCCGAGGUGGCGCCUGUCGAGGUGGCGCCUGUCGAGGUGGCGCCUGUCGAGGUGGCGCCUGUCGAGGUGGCGCCUGUCGAGGUGGCGCCUGUCGAGGUGGCGCCUGUCGAGGUGGCGCCUGGCAAGGUGGUGCCUGGCAAGUUGGCGCCUGGUGAAGUGCGGCCGGCGGGCGAGUCAAACCACUGCCGGCUUGCUGGCCUGCGCGUGCCAUCGUCUAUUCAAACCACGGCGGGCGAGUCCAAUUCGCACAACAGUCUUUCCCAUCCGUCCACGCAUGGCAGCAUACUAUGGCCGGGCGGGGCAGCCACCGCCGGGGCGUACUACGGCCAGGCGGGGCAGCCACCACCGGGGUACUACCCCGCAGCAGCCGCCGCUCCCCAGCACCAUCCGUACAUGUGGGGGCAGCACAUGAUGACGCCGUACGGCCAGCCUCCCCCUUAUGGCGCCCCCAUGUACCCCCCUGCUGCCAUGUACCCGGGCGCGCAGCCUUAUAUGGGGUACGGCAUGCCAUCAGCGACCACAGCAUCAAUGGAUGCAUCCUCGGCCAUGGCGCCAGGCAUGGCGCCAGUGGGAAUGCAUGCGGAGCAGAGGGAUGGGGGAGGGGCGGCCGCAGCAGCAGGCGCAGGGGGAGGGGGAGGCGGAGGCGGGGGAGUGGGGGAAGACGGGGGUGGCGCGAAGGCGGGGGAUGGGGGGGCUAUUGUUCCAGCGGGAGGGGGAGGGGGAGGCGGAGGCGGAGGCGGAGGGGGGAUGGGACCGGGGGGAGGGAUGACGUCAGAGGGGUCAAAGCUGCAGUCAGGGAAUGGUGUGUUUUCCACCAGUGGAGGGGAGGAUGAUUCGGAGGAGGACGAGGGCACAGACCAUAACGAGGAAGGGGGGGGCGCUGGCGGAAAGGCAGGGGAAGCAGGGGAGAUGGGGGGAAUGGAAGGGGGGGGCGCUGGCGGAAAGGCAGGGGAAGCGGGGGAGAUGGGGGGAAUGGAAGGGGGGGGCGCUGGCGGAAAGGCAGGGGAAGCGGGGGAGAUGGGGGGAAUGGUACCUAUAGACUACUGGUCCGCGCAAGCCCAAGCCCAAGCUCAAGCUCAGGCACAAAUGCACCAAGCAGCAGCAGCGGCUGCAGCAGCAGGGCAGAUGGGGCCGGGGGGGCAGGGAGUGGGCAUGGCAGGCGGAAUGGGGGGGAUUCCAGGCGUGGGGGCGGGCGGGGGGGCGGCUGGGGCAGCAGGGGGAGCUGGGGGGAUGGUUGGCGGAGGGAUGGGUGGUGCUGCUGGUGGCAGCAGCGGCGGUGGUGGUGCAGGGGGCGCGGGGGGAGCAGGGGCGGGGAAGAAGCGGGGUGCGGUGGCGGGAGGAGGGGGAGGGAUGGGAAUGUCAUCAGACCUAUGGGUGCACUCCGUGAGUGUUUUCUCACCUCCGGCCCUCUGUUCGUCUCUUUUCCCUGAUGGCAUGGCAUGUUUGCCGAAGGUGCAAAAUACCCAUCAGGUGAAUGUACUUGAUAAACCUUUACCCCCUCUUCUUUGCAUCCUCACAUCAUAUGCUGUUAUUCCCCCGCCCGCCUCCCCGCCUCUUUCCCCCAUUCUCCCUCUGUGCAAGCAGGACGACCGGGAGGUGAAGAAGCAGCGGCGCAAGCAGUCCAACAGAGAGUCGGCUAGGCGGUCGCGGCUGCGCAAGCAGGUGUGUGGCCAAGGGGGAAUGGGAGGUUGCUGGAGUGUGGAGUGUGAGGGUUUCAUGCGGGGGGUGCGGGCGCUGGCGGACGAGAAUCAAACGAUCGAGGCGGAGUGUGAGGAUCUGAUGGGGCGGGUGCGGGCACUGACGGACGAGAAUCAGACGAUUCGAGUGGAGCUGCAGCGCAUGCAGGAGGAGUGCCACAAGAUGGCGCAGCAGAACGCCCUACUGCAGUCAUCCCAUCCAUUCAUUGACACCAGUUCUCCAUCCCCUCCAUCUGUGCCCUGCAUUCAUCCAUUCAUUCACCCGUCCACUCAUCCACUCAACUCAGCCUCUUCAUCCGCCUCAUCCACUCAACUCAGCCUCUUCAUCCGCCUCAUCCACUCAACUCAGCCUCUUCAUCCGCCUCACCCACUCAGCACCCAUGCUCCAUCUCACGUCAACCAACUCAAUCCCGUUCCAUCCCAUUCCGUCUUGCAGGAGAGGCUGAACGGCAAGGCAGCACCAGGUGGUCCGUCCACACACUCCCCAGCCCCCUCAGGUCUCCACCCUGCCGCCGCCCUCCCUCUGCCAUCCUCGAGACUUGGCCCCCACGCGCUUCCACCGCACAUGCCACCAGAUGCAACCGCAGCCGUUGAUCCUUCUGGAGCUGCAAUGCCAUUGGCCGGUGGGCCUGGUGCUGAUGUGAAUGGUGCGCUAGUGCCUGUAGGUCAGCAGCAGUUGCAGCAGGGAGGGCUGGGGGGAGGGGUGUUAGCAGUUGGCAAUGGCGGUGGUCAUGGAGGGGAGGGGUUAGGUGCUGCAGGUGCCUCUGCAGCGCGGGUAGGGCAGGGGAGUGAAAAGAACAAUGUUGUGACUGCUGUUUCAUAG